AUGGAGUCGAUUACUAAUUCUAAAUGCCCAGAGUUUUCAAACAUUCAUGUACUGGUAAACAAAGUUAAAGAUGAGUUGGAGAAUAAACUUUAUUUGCUGGUACUUGAUGAUGUGUGGAACGAAGAUUUCAUGGAAUGGGAUAAACUUAAGAGUGUCUUGGAUGUCGGUGCUGCUGGCAGCAAAGUUAUUGUCACAACACGUAAACAACUAGUUGCGUCUGUGGUACGGGGUAUAAUUCCUCCAUAUAAUCUCGGCGUCUUAUCAGAAGCUCAAUGUUGGUCAAUUAUCAAGAAGAAAGCUUUUUCACCAGGUGGUGCAUCUAAGACAACAAACAUGAAAAAUAUAGGGAAGGAAAUAGCUAAAAAGUGUGGGGGUUUGCCGCUUGCAGCAACUUUUUUCGGUGGUCUCAUGCACUCGCAGAAGGAUGAGAGUCAUUGGUUGUCUAUCAGAGACAACAAAAGCUUAGAAACCCCAAAAAAUCAGGGUAGCGGAAUCAUACCAAUAUUGAAAUUGAGCUAUGAUAAUCUUCCCUCCCAUUUGAAACAGUGUUUCUCGUAUUGUGGUUUAUUUCCCAAAAAUUGGGUGUUCAAUAAAGAAACACUGAUUCGACUGUGGAUGGCGGAAGGAUUCCUUCAUCCACCUAGUGGAGGUAAUCAAAACUCACUCGAAGAUAUUGGUGAUGAUUAUUUUCUUACUUUGUUGUCUAACUCUUUCUUUCAAGAUGUGGAAAAGGAUGACCCAGGUGACAUUCAAACUUUCAAAAUGCAUGAUCUUGCACGAAGUGUCGCUAGCAGUCAUGAAGUCACGAUUCCGAACGUAAGUGAAAUGCAAAAUAAUGCAUCUCAAAUUCGUCGUCUGCAGUUAAUAAUAGAAGGAGAAGCAUCACCAACAGUUUCUAAUGUCUUUAUCAAUGCAAAACAAUUACGAACAGUAUUUUACGAGGGUGGGUGCUUAUCUUUUUGGAAGCCACGUGGUAACAAGCGUUUACGUGUAAUACAUCCACUUGGUUAUGGUGGUCACUGGUAUCUAGCUUAUAGGUUUAACUUUGAUCCCGCCAAGACUAGUCUGGAGACUCUAUCUUUCCCCUAUAUACACUUGAGGUACCUUGACCUCCAGUUUUCUAGAAUCGAAGAGGUCGAUACUGCGUCCAUAAGUCGAGUCUACAACUUGCAGACUCUCAACCUUGUUGGUGUCAGAAAUGUUCACAUGGUUCUCAGCAGAAUUGACUUUAAAUAG